AUGGUACGUGGUAAAAGUGAAGGAUUGAAUGCUACUCAUAAAAAAAAUAAAAUCCUUAAUGGUGAAGAGGAAAGAGAACAUUCAAAGGUAGGGAAAAAAUCAAAAUAUCAACUUAUAGAAUACAAUUCUUUGCCAGCUUUCUUAAGGGACAAUGAAUUCAUAUUAGACUAUUAUCGAUCAGAGUGGCCAUUGAAGCAGAUAAUCCUCAGCAUUUUCUCAAUUCAUAAUGAGACGCUUAAUGUCUGGACGCAUUUGAUUGGGUUCUUCCUUUUUCUCUUCCUCACCAUAUACACUGCUAUGAGAGCUCCAAUGAUCGUGGAUUCCCUUCAGCAUUUGCCUGAUGUGAUAGGAAAAGCUGAUUUGAAGAAGAUUCAUGAAGAGCUAUUGAAGUGUCUGCCUUCACUCCCCAAUAUAACUAAUCUUCAUAAAUUUAAAAAUGAGUUGAGUACAUCUCUUCAUGCUCUUAACUUCUCCUCAUUAUCAGGCUGGAAUGUUAUGGAACAUGUCACCAAGUGCUUGCCGGAACACUUUUCCUUAUCAAACCGUUUUAAUCUCUCUCAAAUAAAUGGUUUGAAAGACGAAACAAUGGAUUUUGUAUCUCCUUCAAUAGUCCCACCAAUUACAAGGUGGCCAUUUUAUGCCUUCUUAGGAGGAGCUAUGUUCUGUUUAUUAGCCAGCAGCACAUGCCACCUCUUAGCUUGCCACUCGCAACGCCUUUCCUACAUUAUGCUAAGAAUUGACUAUGCUGGAAUUGCUGCAUUGAUUGCAACUUCAUUUUAUCCUCCUGUAUAUUACUCAUUUAUGUGCAACCCUUUCUUUUGUUACCUCUACUUAGGCUUCAUAACAUUAAUGGGAGUUGCUACUAUUGUUUUCUCUCUUCUCCCAUUUUUCCAAAAGUCCGAAUUUAGGAAGUACCGUGCUUCGCUCUUCUUUAUGAUGGGAUUUUCGGGCGUGGCACCUAUAAUGCAUAAAUUGAUAUUGCAUAGGGAAGAGCCUGAGGCAUUGCAAACUACAGGCUAUGAGAUAUUAAUGGGAGUUCUUUAUGGUUUGGGAGCUUUAAUUUAUGUCGCGAGGAUACCAGAGAGGUGGAUGCCGGGAAAGUUUGAUAUUGCUGGCCAUAGUCACCAACUUUUUCAUGUCUUGGUUGUGGCGGGGGCAUAUACACAUUACCGUGAUGGGUUAAUUUACCUUAGAUGGAGAGAUUUGAAAGGCUGUUAAUUAGGCCGGUAGGGAGUCUGUUGUAGGUACUUUGGCUUUCUUUUUGUUGUUCAAAACUUAGAUAUUGGAUGAAAGAUGAAGAAAGUGAUUGUGUAUUAUUGUAUAGAAAAAAGCUUCAUGCUUCUUUUUUGUGUUAGAUUUAUGAAUCUAAAA